CAGUCCUUGUCUCUUGAACUGGGCGCUGAUCUGCGGUUCCCUCUUCAACUCUUCCUACUCUAGGACCAUCUAGGCGUCUCUGCAGCAUCCUCUGUCACCCUGUGACCUGCAAGUACUCGGAGAUUUGUAGAGAGGACACUGGGACAUCCCGGCAGCUGGGAAAUGGAACUGUUGACAUUCAAGGACGUGUCUAUAGAGUUCUCUAUGGACGAGUGGGCCUACCUGGACCCUGCUCAGCAGACUUUGUAUCGGGAUGUCAUGUUGGAGAAUUAUGGACACCUGGUCUUCCUAGGUCUUACUCUCUCUAAGCCUGACUUCAUCGCCUGUCUGGAGCAAAGCAGAGAACCCUGGAAGGUGAAGACACACCAGACAGUAGUCAAGCCCCCAGCUAUAUCUAACCAUCCUGACCAAGAGCAUUUGCAAGAUUUUGACACAAAUAUUUUAUUCCCAGAGAUCCUCCUGAGAAGAUAUCGAAGUUGUGCCCCUGACAAUUUAAACUUAACAGAAGACUUGGCAAAUGUGUCUGAAUGUAAGCAGCAGAAAGUAUUGGACAGUGGACUUGACCAAUGUUUAAUGACUACCCAUACCAAAAUCUUCCAGUGUAGUAAAUGUUUGAAAGCCUUCACACAAUUGUCAGAUCUAAGUAGAAAUAAGAUGAGACAUACAAUAGGGAAAACAUUCCACUUUAUAAAGUAUGGGAAAACCUCUAACCCACACUCACAUGUUACUAAACCUAAGAUAAUUUAUAAAGGAGAAAAACAAUACAAAUGUAGCAGAGUCUUCAAAUCUGACUCAAGCCUGUCUAAGCAUAAGAGACGUCAUACUGGAGAGAAACUCUACAAGUGUGAAAAUGAUGGCAAAUGUCUUAAUCUCAGAUCAAAAUAUUGUAACGAUGAGAGUACUGAUAGUGGAAGUAUACACUACAACUAUGAAGACUGUGAUAAACUUACCAAGCAGUACUCAAACCUUUCUGGACAUAUAAGAAUUCAUUCUGGAGAGAAACCCUACAAAUGUCAACAGUGUGGCAAAGUGUUUAAUAAUAAUUCAAACCUUACUAAACAUAAAAGAAUUAAUUCUGGAGAGAACCCUUACAAAUGUCAACAAUGUGGCAAAGCAUUUCAUAAUAAUUCAGACCUUACUAAACAUAAAAGAAUUCAUUCUGGUGAGAAACCCUACAAAUGUCAACAAUGUGCCAAAGCGUUUAAUAAUAAUUCAGACCUUACUAAACAUAAAAGAAUUCAUUCUGAAGAGAAACCCUACAAAUGCCAACAAUGUGGCAAAGCCUUUACUUUUAGUUCAUCCCUUACUAAGCAUAAAAGAAUUCAUUCUGGAGAGAAACCCUACAAAUGUCAACAAUGUGGCAAAGCAUUUCAUAAUAAUUCAGACCUUACUAAACAUAAAAGAAUUCAUUCUGGAGAGAAACUCUACAAAUGUCAAGAAUGUACCAAAGCCUUUACUUUUAGGUCAUCCCUUACUGCACAUGAAAGAAUUCAUUCUGGAGAGAGACUCUACAAAUGUCAAGAAUGUGGCAAAGCAUUUAACCGGUACUCAUACCUUUCUAAACAUCAUAGAAGUCAUUCUGGAGAGAAACCCUACAAAUGUCAACAAUGUGGCAAAGCCUUUACUUUUAGUUCAUCCCUUACUAAUCAUCAAAGAAUUCAUUCUGGAGAGAAACCCUACAAAUGUCAACAAUGUGGCAAAGCAUUUAAUAAUAAUUCAAACCUUACUAAACAUAAAAGAAUUCAUUCUGGAGAGAAACCCUAUAAAUGUAAACAAUGUGGAAAAGCCUUUUACCAUUACUCAGGCCUUUCUGAACAUCAAAAAAUUCAUUCUGGAGAAAAACCCUACAAAUGUCAACAAUGUGGCAAAGGGUUUACCCGGUACUCAAACCUUUCUACACAUCAAAGAAUUCAUUCUGGAGAGAAACCUUACAAAUGUCAACAAUGUGGCAAAGCGUUUCAUAAUAAUUCAGACCUUACUAAACAUAAAAGAAUUCAUUCUGGUGAGAAACCCUACAAAUGCCAACAGUGUGGCAAAGCAUUUAAUAAUAAUUCAGACCUUACUAAACAUAAAAGAAUUCAUUCUGAAGAGAAACCCUACAAAUGCCAACAAUGUGGCAAAGCCUUUACUUUUAGUUCAUCCCUUACUAAGCAUAAAAGAAUUCAUUCUGGAGAGAAACCCUACAAAUGUCAACAGUGUGGCAAAGCAUUUCAUAAUAAUUCAGACCUUACUAAACAUAAAAGAAUUCAUUCUGGAGAGAAACUCUACAAAUGUCAAGAAUGUACCAAAGCCUUUACUUUUAGGUCAUCCCUUACUGCACAUGAAAGAAUUCAUUCUGGGGAGAGACUCUACAAAUGUCAAGAAUGUGGCAAAGCCUUUAACCGGUACUCAUACCUUUCUGAACAUCAAAGAAGUCAUUCUGGAGAGAAACCUUACAAAUGUCAACAAUGUGGCAAAGCCUUUACUUUUAGUUCAUCCCUUACUAAUCAUCAAAGAAUUCAUUCUGGAGAGAAACCCUACAAAUGUCAACAAUGUGGCAAAGCGUUUAAUAAUAAUUCAGACCUUACUAAACAUAAAAGAAUUCAUUCUGGAGAGAGACCAUACAAAUGUCAACAAUGUGGGAAAGCCUUUUACCAUUACUCAGGCCUUUCUGUACAUAAAAGAAUUCAUUCUGGAGAGAAAACCUACACAUGUCAGCAAUGUGGCAAAGCCUUUAAUCGGUACUCAAACCUUUCUAGACAUCAAAUAAUUCAUUCUGGAGAGAAACCCUACAAAUGUGAAGAAUGUGGCAAAGCCUUUAACCGGUACUCACAACUUUCUGAGCAUCAAAGAAUUCAUUCUGGAGAGAAACCCUACAAAUGUCAAGAAUGUGGCAAAGUCUUUAAUUGGUACUCAUACCUUUCUGUACAUCAAAGAAUUCAUUCUGGAGAGAAGCCCUACAAAUGUCAACAAUGUGGCAAAGCAUUUCAUAAUAAUUCAGACCUUACUAAACAUAAAAGAAUUCAUUCUGGAGAGAAACCCUACAAAUGUCAAAAUGUGGCGAAGGGUUUAACCGGUACUCACACCUUUCUGCACAUCAAAGAAUUCAUUCUGGAGAGAAACCCUACAAAUGUCAACAAUGUGGCAACGCCUUCAAGCAGUACUCAAACCUUUCUACACAUCAAAGAAUUCAUUCUUUAGAGAAACCCUACAAAUAUCUGCACUGUGGCAAAGCCUUUAACCCUUACAUCUUUAUAGACAUCAAAUCAUUCUGGAGAGAAACCCUAGAAAUGUUAAGAAUGUGGUAAAGCAUUUCACCAGUACUCAUGCCUUUCUCAACAUGAAAUAUUUCAUUCUGAAGAGAAACCUUACAAAUGUCAAGAAUGUGUUAAACCCAUUACCUAGUACUCAAACCUUUCUGUAUAUCAAGUAAUUCGUUCUUGAGACAAAUCCUACAAAUGCCAAGAAUGUGACAAAGCCUUUAAUCAAUACUCAGGCCUUUCUGAACAUAAAAGAAUUAAUUCUGGAGCGAAACCCUACAAAUGUGAAGAAUGUGACAAAGCCUUUAAUCUGUAUAUGUAACUUUUUGUGCAUAAAAUAAUUCAUUCUGGAAAGAAACCUUAUGAACAGUGUUGCAAACCCUUUAUCUCAUGUUCAAAUCUGUACAUAAAAUGAAUCAUAUAGGAGAGAAACCCUUGAAAUAUGAAGAAUGUUGUAGAACCUUUACCUGGUGUUGAUAACUUGCUAAGCACAAAAUAAUUCACACUGGUGAGAAAUCCCACAAAUGUCAACAGUGCAGCAAUUCCUGUAACUGGAACUCAAACCUUCCUAUACAUAACAAAAUUCAUAUUGGAGAGAAAUCUUACAGAUUUGAAUAAUGUGGCAAAGGUUUGUACUGGUCUUCAGCACUUAGUAAACAUCAGAGAAAUUAUCCCAGAGAAAUAAUGUAACAAUAUGAAGAUGUGGAAAAGCCUAAUGCUAGUAGUCACAGUUUUCUGUACACAAUAGAAUUCAUGUUGAAGAGAAACACUACAAAUGUGAAGAACAUGACAAAUGUUUAACUUGUGCCCAAACCAUUGUAUAAAUGAAAAAUAUAUAACAAAUCCCUGACAAAUGUGAAGAGAGUUUUGAAUCCUAUAAGCAGGAUUCAGUACAUUUCACACAUUUCAGUACAUAGCAGAAUUCAUAGAGAAAUCAUAUAUAUGUGAAGAAUGUGACAAUGUCUUUAAAUAUUUCUCAUGCUUUUUUAAUAAUUGAUAUGAAAGAAAUACUCUACAAGUGUCAGUCAUGUCUCAGAGCCUUAAAAUUGUGUUUGUCCUGGUAGAUAGGGCUAAGAAGAGACAGGGUCAGAUGAUACUAGAAGAUCCUUUGUCCAUCAUAAGAACAACAAAAUGAGCAGUGGGGGCUUCCACGAAAGACAAGUUGGCAUUUCAAGAAGUCUUCUGAAAAGCAAACUGAUGUUUUGCUCUACAAAAAUGACUCUCAGAGGUAGAGAGGCCACAAUGUGGAGAUAAGGCCAAGGACACAAAAAGGGAUGUUUGGAGCAUGGGUUCAAGUAAUGUGACUGUAAGCUCAAGUGACCUAUUUUCAUUAACGCAGUGCAAUUUACACCAGUUGUAUCACACUAAACAAAUACUAUGAUAAUUUCUGGAAAUUGCCUUAGAGGGAUAGAAAAUGGAAAGACGCUCCUUUCUGGAAGUUUUCCCCCUUUCCAAGAAAAAUCAUGAAUAUUUAUCCCCACACCACUUAACAUAGAAUUGGAAAAUCUAUGUAAAAGAAAAGCAUCUUACUACACCCAGAGUCUUCUCCACUUGAAAGAUGUUCUCUGGACAGUACUAUUCCCUAAUAAAUUUGGAUCUUUUGCAUACAUGUAUCUACUUAUUCUGCUCAUUUGUUCCCCUGUCUUGAUACCAGUAAUCAUUCUUUGGCACCUGGAACAAAAAAGCAGAGAACAUACACCUGACACCUUGUCCUCAUGUGUGACCUUGUGGUGCCAAAAUCUGGGAGGAAAAUCACAUCUUUGGCAAGAUAUGUUAAUAGAAUGAUAACCAUUGUUAAUUCACUCUGCCUGCUCAUAUUACUUAUUCCACCUACACGUCUCACAUUGUCUUUGCUUUCCAGGUAAUAUAGCUCCUUAUGUACCCCUGCUUCAUCUGUUUUACUUUGUCUCCACAAUGCACUUCAUCCCCCAUUUAGGCCUGAUAUUCAAAUGCUUAAAAAGUUGCCUCAGGCUGCACAACCAGAUUCUUAAGGUCUUGAUAACCAGAGUGGGGAGGAAGAGUCAGUGAGAGAAAGCCAGGCCAGCAGCAGGCCCCAAGAACAGAAGAAAGUUUUGAAAUGGUUGCCACCACUAGGAAAGAAGGUUGUCAGGGACAGAGUUCCUUGAUAGGCUCAGGCAAGAAGAAACCAGGCCUGAGCCCUUCCCUCACGAUGACUGUUGCUGGAGCAAGAAAUGGCUCAGGAAUGGGACUCUGCUGGGACCAUGCUCUCACUGGUAUUGACAUAGAGAGAUGCACUGGUAGUGACAUUGCCCUCUCCUGGAGAUGGGGGUUCACACUCUCCUUCCAGACACUGUGAAAUCCCUGAACCAGCAUUCACCAUCACUCUUUCAGUCUGAUGGACACGCUCCAGCUUCAGUACAAGGUCUACUUUCUGAUGCAGGGGUGGCUGAUUGUUGGGGAGCUGUCUGUCUCUGUCACAGUAAACAAACUGACAUAACAUUAGAGCCACUCCUCUGCUCUCCCUAGAUCUUUAGGGCCCCUGUUUCCCUCUCCUAUAUCUGUCUUUAGAACGGAAGGUAAAAUAAAACCCACUGUGUGCUCUGAAGUCCCUCUUCUCACUGGCUGAUGAUGUUUCUGUUUAUCCCUUUAGUGCUUUCCAACUUCCCUACCUUAUUGUUUGGAUGAAGUCUUAACUUCAGGUUAGAGACCUAAAUUCUUUAAAUUUGCAGGGCUCCUUUUUUAGGCCUUAGAACGAAAUGAGGUGGCUGGGUUAAAAUUUUCUUUCAAAAGAAAAAAAUUAAAGCAAGAAGGAACCAGUAUGUAGGAGAGAGAUGUGAAGAAAACAUGAAUAUGAAAGAAACCCUCACAUAUGAAGAAUAUGUGAGGAACAUUAAGAGGAGAGAGAAUUUUGAAUAGGACAAAACCUAAUAUAACAGUAUUUGUCGUAAAGUAAGUCAUGGUUGAAGAAGAAAAAUUUGGGACAAACGUACGGCUUCCGUAUGUUAAAAGUAAGGCAUAAUAUUUGUAAAGGUGAAUUAAUAAACAUUUUGCAUGUGAACAAGUUGGCCUGACUGAAAAGGGAAUCUCUAAUUAAAACAAUAAAGUCUUCUUUUUGUUAUCAGACUUUGUUUAAAGCUUCUUCAGAUUACUUGUGUAUUUCUUGAAUACAUCAAGUAUUCCACGUCAAUCUGCCACUAUAGAGUUAAAAAACAAACAAAAAAACUAGCUCUUAUUUUCUUCUGCU